CGCGCUUCUCGCGAGAGCUGGGGAUGCCGCCGCCGCCGCCGCCGCCGCCGCGGAGGGGGAGACACUCGGGGGGAGCCGGUGACGUCGGGAGUUUUCCUGAAAGUCAAUAACGAGCCCGGCGGAGGCGGCGGGAGGAGCCGAGAGCGGGGCCCGGGCGGCUCCGGGGGUGACUCAUCAAUAGAAACUCGGAAGAGCAGCAGAAGAGAAGCCAUACAGACAAGCUGAUAACUCAAAGAAAUACUAUUUUGAGUUGGGGGUUCAGAGUGGAGCCAUCAUGAGCGAUGUUACCAUUGUGAAGGAAGGCUGGGUUCAGAAGAGGGGAGAAUAUAUAAAAAACUGGCGGCCAAGAUAUUUCCUGCUAAAGACAGAUGGUUCUUUCAUAGGCUAUAAGGAGAAGCCCCAGGAUGUGGAUCUGCCAUAUCCACUCAACAACUUUUCAGUGGCAAAAUGUCAGCUAAUGAAAACAGAGCGACCAAAGCCAAACACAUUUAUUAUCAGAUGUCUUCAAUGGACCACUGUCAUAGAGAGGACAUUCCACGUAGACACUCCGGAGGAACGGGAAGAAUGGACAGAAGCAAUCCAGGCUGUAGCAGACAGACUUCAGAGGCAGGAAGAGGAAAGGAUGAACUGUAGUCCAACUUCACAAAUAGACAAUAUAGGUGAAGAGGAGAUGGAUGCUUCAACAACUCAUCAUAAAAGAAAGACAAUGAAUGACUUUGAUUAUUUAAAACUACUGGGCAAAGGCACGUUUGGCAAAGUUAUCCUGGUCCGAGAGAAGGCUAGUGGGAAAUACUACGCUAUGAAGAUUUUGAAAAAAGAAGUAAUUAUUGCAAAGGAUGAAGUGGCUCAUACACUUACAGAAAGCAGAGUAUUGAAAAACACCAGACAUCCUUUUUUAACAUCCUUGAAAUAUUCCUUCCAGACAAAGGAUCGUUUGUGUUUUGUGAUGGAGUAUGUUAAUGGAGGAGAGCUGUUUUUCCAUUUGUCGAGAGAGCGGGUGUUCUCAGAGGACCGCACACGCUUCUAUGGUGCAGAAAUUGUCUCAGCUCUGGACUAUCUGCAUUCUGGGAAGAUUGUGUACCGUGAUCUCAAGUUAGAAAAUCUAAUGUUGGAUAAAGAUGGGCAUAUAAAGAUUACAGAUUUUGGACUUUGCAAAGAAGGAAUCACAGAUGCAGCAACUAUGAAAACAUUCUGUGGUACUCCAGAAUACCUGGCACCUGAGGUGUUGGAAGAUAAUGACUAUGGUCGUGCAGUGGACUGGUGGGGAUUGGGAGUUGUCAUGUAUGAAAUGAUGUGUGGAAGAUUGCCUUUCUACAACCAAGAUCACGAGAAACUAUUUGAACUGAUACUAAUGGAGGACAUAAAAUUUCCUCGAACUCUAUCUGCAGAUGCAAAAUCAUUACUUUCAGGCCUACUGAUAAAAGAUCCAAAUAAGCGACUUGGUGGAGGCCCAGAUGAUGCAAAAGAAAUCAUGCGUCAUAGUUUCUUUGCUGGAGUAAACUGGCAAGAUGUAUAUGAUAAAAAGCUUGUACCUCCUUUUAAACCUCAAGUGACAUCUGAGACAGACACCAGGUAUUUUGAUGAAGAAUUUACAGCUCAGACUAUUACAAUAACACCGCCUGAAAAAUAUGACGAGGAUGGUAUGGACUGCAUGGACAAUGAGAGGCGGCCGCAUUUCCCCCAGUUUUCCUACUCUGCAAGUGGACGAGAAUAACUUUUUUGUUCUGCUGCUUCACUGUCAUCUUAGGUUUAUCACUGAAAAUGAUUCCUGAACAUCACCACCAGUACUAGAUACCGUUUAAGAUAGCAGGGGCACUUUCAGAGACCAUUCCAAAUUGAACAAAUUUCUUUCCCAAACGUACCUAAAAUCCGUUUUGGUUUUGCAUGAAAUACGGUAUUUCUCUACGCUCUCCCGCUGUUGCUGCUGCCCACCGUCUCAGUAUAAUAGCAACGUCAAGAAAUUACUAAUGGUUUCUUUGAAGGUAGAUGACCGUACGUCAGCGUUGUACACUUUGUGCACAGAUAGUCAUCUGUUUUUCCACGCAGUGGAGGCUAAACAAAAAAACGUGUUGGUCCAGCUUAUCUUCUUCUAGAAGAUGAAUCAAAAUUGUACUUAGUCUAAAAAAGACUAGUCUAUAAUAUUUUCUUGCAUCUGUUUGUGCUGUUUAGAACAAGGAAACACGGGGGUGGUGAUGUACAUAUGCAAGGUUUUUGUUAGGCAUAUCAUUACUUGAAGCAGGUCUCUGUCAAUAACAUCUGGCUGGAAUUUGCUCGGGAAACGUUUGAAAGAAGGACUUAAACUGUUGAUAUAUAUAAAUAUAUAUAUAUAUUAUUUUUUAAUUACUGUUGGAUACUACAGAAGAAGCAGAAGGGCUGGCUCACCCAGCCUGCCACUUAGAACUUCCAGGUUCAUGUGCAAUCACGGAGAAUCGAACAUUAUACAUGCAAGAAAUGAAGGCAUAAAAGCAGCAGUUGAAGUUCUUUAAGGGGUCUUAUAAUUUGCACCAGAUAACAUCUAUCUCAUGCUUUUCUUUUUCUUUCAUGAUAUACAUCACCUCUGAUGGCUGAAGAAUGUAGACAGGCAUAAUGGUAUUGCUUUUCACCCAAAUGUGUGCACCAGGGUAAACAGGUGUUUGCCUUACUUUGAGUUUGUGAAUUAGCUCUUUCUCCAGGUGUUUAACUCUGAAUAUCUUUUUUUUUUUUUUUUUUUUUUGUUUAUGCUGCGGUAGUAUUUAUUUUUAGAGAUAAGGAUUGUAUGUGUCAUGUUUGCAAAUGCUGCUACAUCUUAGGUAGAACAGGCUUAUAGCAGUUAAUUUUGUUGUAAUAUAUGGAAGGACUGUACAAGCUGAAGGGGAUAACGCACUUUUGUCCAAUGUGGAGAUAUUAGCAAGGCUCUGAAAUUGUACAUACUGCUUAGAAUCAGAUUUUUUGUGAAUGAAAUACUGUCUUUUAAUUCUUUGGCAGUGGAGACGAGAAAUUCCAACUUCACGUGUCAAAGGAUUAAAACUAAAUAAAUAAGAACACUACAUCUUGUGCUGUAUUCAGGAUAAAGAUACUGUAAAAAGCCUGAGAGCACAAUAGAAAAUUUCUAUUCUGUGCGAGGGAAACAUCUGAACAAUGAGACCACCGUGAUUGCAAGAAAAGCACUUUAUUCUGAUAAUUCACAUAGUAAAUUUCUGGGAUCAGCCAUUGUCAAGGAAAGUUUGCCCUCGUGAAACCCAGCAUGUCACCCGUGACCGUGGUACCAGAUUGACUGAAUUUAAGACAUUGCAAGAAACACUGCCGCUAGGAAGAUGUCUUUCCACGUCCGAAGAUCUUUAUCUAACAGAGCAUGUGCGUAAACUUUAGCUUUCUUCUUCAGCAAUGAUAAUCUUAAUAAUAAACCCGUUGGUGCUAGGAGCUGGGAUGUUACGCAGUGCAGCGAUGUGCACACGCCCUUGCUAAUGACAUCUGAGAACCCCAACUCCAUGGGAUUAUCAUUGAAAGUAUCUCCGUGUUCGUAACUUUUUAGCUCCCACAAAGACUGUGAUAUCAGAACAUUGCGCUGUGUGAGUGAGGGGAUGAGUCUGAAAGGAGACCAUACCAGAUGCCUCCUUAGCCCCUUGAUGUGGAGUUGAGUGUCCUGGCAUGAAGCCCACUGCUGGCAGUGCACGUGCUGGGACUGACAAGGGGCAAACGGGCAUUUCAGCAAGGCAGCUAAAGACGCAGACUAGUUUAGACAAUUUUUAGUGUUUCAUGUUUUAUCUUUAGUGAUGGAUGGAUAAUCAGUCAGAAAUAUAUCACGAUGUAUAUGCUAACUACAUAGGAUCUGAUGCUGUCACCUUCUAACACUAAAUGUGUAGAGAUUAUCCCUCUGUAGGGAGCGAGCGCAGUAAAUGCAUGGCAGGUCUGUGGAAGUGUCUGCGCUGACAGCGAGUGAGUGACUGAUGUAACUGAUGACGCAGUAGAUGGGCAUUAUAAUUUUCUGCAAAGGCCUCAGGCUUAAGAGGCUGAAACUAUGGUGGUUCAAAAUCUGUGUUCCGUGCCUGUGGUGUUACUUUUUUCCAACGUUUUCAGCUUAUAACAGCAAUAAGGUUUUUGACACAGGCACCUAUAGUUCUUGGCUGAGUGGAGUUGUGCCUCUGGCCAACCCUUCCUCAUGCUGAGAAGAAAGGGGCCCCGUAGGUGGGUUUGAUUCAUCAUUGCAUAGCUCGUUAGAAUGCAGUUUGCAGUAAAUAUUUCUCUGUGAAUUCUUUGAAAACCUCUUAAUAAGGCUUCAUUCAACUUGCAUUGUGUUGCUGCCUUCCAAAGUCUCAUUCAUCAAGUAUAUAUUAUAAAGUUAGCAGUGUCAUUUAAUGCUGCCCCAGGCUGGGAGAUUCUCUCUGAGCAGUGUUAGAAAUGGAUGAAAGAAGAAUUACAGGCUGUGCUGAGAGAAACUUUUGAAGCUCCUUUUUUCCCACUUGCAGUUGAAGUUGGGCUUGGGCAGCGCAUGGUGGUGGCUGGGUACCUGAUGAGCCUUCUGAGCACAGUACAUUUCAGAUGCUGACUCCAGCUUGUACUGACUUCCAUGACAUACACUAUGCCCUCUUGUACUGCAGCCAUCUUGGAGAAAUAGGUCAUUUCUGUUUGGGUUUCGGCAGUUUUGCACACAGCUUUGCUUUCCACACGAAUCCAUCUUCCAGUACAUUCCUGUUGCUUAAAGAACAUUUAUUCCAGUGUUGUUUUCCAUUUUUUCCAUCUAUCCUCGCGGCUUCUUAAAGCUGACUGUUCUUGCAGGGGCCAUGUGCUUCUCCUAGAGUACAAAAGUAAGGUCUCUCCUUACUAACUGCAGGGUCUAUAUAUUACACCUCAAUGUACACACUUUGCUGCUACUGUUUGUACUGUCUACAGUAGAAUUUCCUUAUCUUGCUCCUGGUAGUGCAUUACAGGCAAGCAUGAAAUGUAAAGUAUUUAUUUAAAUAAAAACCUCUAAAUUGGUAAUUGAAUUACCUCCCUGUAGCUUUAGAGUUUGUGACAUUUCUUGACCUUGCUAGUUCUUUCAUUAGAUCCAUGCAAGAUCUAGUCAUAUGGUUAAGGAUAUUAAGCAGACACGACUAUGAACCCAAGAAACCGUAUUACUGUUGGUCAUACUUAAACUGUUUAUUUCCUUAAGUAUAUGACCCACAAGGAUGUGAAAUAACUACAAGAAACUGUUUUUGUACACUGUACAUCCUUAGUAUUUUUACACAUAUAUGAUAGGGAUGCACAUUAUUUUCCUUCGUACAGACAGCUUAAAUAAAGCACUAUGUCAAUCUGCUACUUCUGUGUUUUUUAAUGCUAAUUUGUUCUGGAGGUUUGUAAAUAUAUUAUAUAUAAAUGUUCAGGCUUGCCACAAAGGACAUAUUUUUUUAUAUCUGCACAUUAAAUAUCUUAGAGGAUAAAGUUCUGAAUUUGUUCUGCGUCAGAGACAGAAAAAUGGAAGCAAGAAGGUGGUUUUGCAGAUUACAAAAGAUCUCUCGAGUUUUGGUUUAAAUAUUUACUUCAUAUUUUAGAAUAAUUUUAUAUAGGUUAGAUGUUUCGAUCCUGAAAUGCACAAAGAAUUGACUUAAUUUCUUCUUACAAGAAAAUGUACAUCGUUAUUUUUUUAUCACUGUAUGUAUAAUGAUCUGUGCAUGUUUAGUUACAAGUUUAUUUGCUGUGAAGUCCUCGUGGUAACUGUUCCUUGUCGUGACCUAUUUCAGAUACCGGGUGAGCAGUGUCAGCUUGUAAAUUCAGUUAUAGUAUUGUCACCAAAAAAGGCUUUUCUGGCUAAGCAAGAUGUGUUUGUGCUGUGGACCAAGGCUAUUUCCACGCAGGUGGUUCAUGUUAAUUCUUUGAGGUAUAUGUAUCUUUUAAAAGUAAAUUUGGGUUAUAAUUUUCAAGUAAUGAUUACACAGGGCUGCAUUCUAUCAGAACACCCAGUAUUUAAGUGCGUUGUCCUCUAGUGGAAUUCAUGUUCUCAAAUCCUUUAGCUAGAGUAAUGUCCUGGGGGAGGGAGACAGGGGAGGUGUGAUUUGCAGGGCACCUUGAGGUGGGACUCAUUGAAGCCCAGCUGGCCUGUUUGGGUCAGGAGGGCUGAGUGUCCCUGAGCAGUCUGGGCAUCAGCUCAGUUCUCAGACAUGAACCCUUCCCUGGAAUGUGAGGAAAUGUGUGAGCCAGCUCUCUCUUUUUUCUUCUUUUUCUUUCUUUUUUCUUCCCCAGUAGGAAGGGUGGAGCACAAGAGAGAAAGUUGCAGAUGCAAUAGCAGAUUAGUGACUGGGCCUCAGCCGGGACAGCAGGACCAUCUGUUCAGUCUGCUUGGAGGUAUGGGCACAGAGCACAUCAGGAGGUGAUGCUCCAGCUGAGACAGGAAAGGUCCUGGGUUUUCUCACCUCAUCUGGCUUUUGUAAACUUUAUAAAACCAAGCAUUUUGUGGCUAAAUAGUUGGUGAGGAGGGGGGAAAUGGGAGCUGGGAAGACCUGGCCCUGUCUGUGCCCAGCAAAUAAGCAACUGCUACAAGCAGAGAAGCUGCUGCAGAGAAGUUGCUCCUUGUAGAUGCGCACCCCAGUGGCUGGCAGUUGCCCUCUUCACAAUACCACCAGCACCAGCUGGCAGUGAGGCAGGUCCAGAAGGGUGAGGUGCGGCUGUGCUCCGGGGUCUCAGUGAAGCCUCAGUGCUGGGACUCGGUGCCUGAGUUCCUUUGCACUCGUAGCCGAGAGACACUUCUCCUAUUGAAACAUAGAUUUAUGGCGUAGGAAAAAAAAAAGUUUGCUGUUUCUUACAUUUAUAAACACAUUCUUACCUAACUAUCUAUAAAGUAGUGUCAGUUACAGAAAAAGAUGUCCUCGAGUGUGGAGAGCCCACACUUGUGCUAGACAGGAACCUUCUUUGUCAGGCGUUCCUUCUUGACAGACCUGAGGCAGUGGAAGCACAUUUACUGUCAUGGCAGGGAGGCAGGCUGGGGAGGAGCUCAGAUGUGCUUGGCAGUUUCAUAUGGCAGGAAAUUGAAAUGGGAAGAAAACCACUUUGAUGUUAAAGCUGUACCACUAAUAAUUCCUGAAAUACAAGGGAAAGAUUGAGUCCCGCAGCAAAUGGUAACUCGGUCGGUGCAUCUGCCAUUACUCCUAUUUUUGUUACAUUUCAAGUGUUCAUGCUGGCUGGGGCAGCUUUAUCACAGGGGAAUCGUUCUCUGCACUUUUUUCUUCUCUUCACCAUUGCGAUUCAGCAAUUACACUGAAUGUAGAAACUUUUUUCUUCUAUAGUUUAUCAUGCAGUAGUUCAGCAAAAGAUUCAGAUAAAUUCUUUUUGAAAGAGCCUGGCAUUUGGAAAGUCGUUUUAAAAAUACAAACAUGAAGGCAAGCAGAAAAAAAAAAGUCCUCCAAAUAUAUUGCCAAAUGUUUUAAGUUCAGUAAUUUGCAUUUGAGUUCAGCUGCUGCCCAUCCCUGAGACAGCGGAGUGUCUGCCAGCACGGGGGUCCUAAACAGCUUCCUUGGUGGCAGGAACCCAGCACCUCAAUGCCUGUGCUAGCACAGUCCCUCUGUCCCCGAGGCUUUGACCACUAAAGGGAAACCUGGCCCAGGGAAAUGACUCAAUCUUUCUCAUGCUCUUCUGCUGGAUAAGUAGUUGUUUGUUAGGACUCAGAUUUUUGUGUAAAGGAGACAAAUGCUUUGUAAACCUCAGUUUCCCAGGUAGAUGCCAGUAGUGAGUCCUUAACACAAGCCUGGUGUGAUCUGUGCUGGGCUUACCAGUCUCCUCUUCCACAUACACAUGCCUUCCCUUGAACACAAAAGGACACAACCAGGAGAAAAAGAAUUAGUAAACUAAGUUUAUUGGGAAUGCCAUUGGUAAAUAAGACAGACAUCUGUAUUACAAAAAUAGAUAAAAAUAUUUUAUAAAAAUCGUAGAAAUAACGAAUCCAGUGCGUGCUCCAUCACAGCUGUUGCCAUUGGAUUGCGGUGUCUUAGGCAAGUCUGAGAUGUCUUCCUAGAAAGUUCAGUAGGGGAGUAAUGUUUCAGUAUGUUGAUGGCACUACAGUUAAAAACAAAUGCAAAGCAGGUGAGAGUAGGCAGCAUGUCUGCUUCUCUGCAAAUGGUUCUCUGUGAGCUUCAGAGAAGCCCAGGUUUCAGGCGUGUACAGAGGAGAACUGAAAGACAGAAGAAAGAGAUGGGAGCGGAGCGUAAGUAGUGUGUAUGGAGCUGCUUGCACUUCUGGUUUGUGUCACUUCAGCCUGGGGGUGAGUUCUUAGAAGAGAAAUGCAUAAAUGGUUAAGAAUGUGGCAAUGCUAUGUAAACAAGCACUGUUCCAAAGCCUGGCUUCCUGUGGGCCUGCUGUCCUGCCUCUUUCUAAGAUCAGAACUCUUCCAGGUAACAAGCACAGGAGCUGUUUGAUUUCUGAAAAACAAGGUCUCCCUGAGCUUUAGCCAUCACUUGUGUUUAGCAGUAAAUGACUGAGCUGCUGUUUUGGGGCACGUCUUGGAUCCUGCCCCUUCUCCAUUCCAGGAAGGAGGAGGCAGGGUUGUGCCAGAGAGUGUUUACUGUGAAUUGUACAGACUGUAUAUGGGGUGGACAGCUGUAUCAAAACAGGAAGCUGCCUGCAUGCUGUUAGAAAACCUCUGGUGGGAAGGCUAAUUUACAGUUUUGAAGUUCUUGCAUAGCUAUUGUUUGUGCUUCCUCAGUAGCACUUCAGCACUUCAUUAAGACAGAGAGAUAAAGCUCUGCUGGAGCUGGGGUGGGUACUCAGAAGUAAGUGACUGCAGUUCUGAAAUUUGAAUUCUAAGAGAUGUAAAUGACCUCAGAAAUAAAAAUAAACUUUCCACAUCGGCUGGUUUCAUGUUAGAGGACUUAAGGGUUUUUCUUUAAAAAAAAAAAAAAAACAACAAAAACUUGGUAAGGUAAUGAAGGAAGAGUUUAAAAAGGAUUUAUAAUGCUGCAGUUCAUUAAAGAAUUAAUUAAAAACAA